AUGAGGCUCUCAAGGCCAGGACUGGCAGUUAUCCUCUGCCUCGGCAAUGAAUGGAUAUGCGGCGUGAAUGCGGCGCCAGCGCCCCACGUGUCUAGCAGGCAAUCAGCGCCCGAUCCCGAUUCGUGUGGGUUAGUGGCUUCAGCGGUCCAAGACAGCUCGCGAAGGUCAACGCCCACCGUCCCCGCCACACUGGCCUUCGACUGUCUUCAAACAGUCCCCAACAGAAAAGAGCCGGCAAAGAAGCUCAUACAGAGUUUCAAAGCCUACUCACAAUGGCAGAGCACGCUGCCGUUUCUCAAGUCCCCUCCCCAGGACUACCCGUUCGCCGCGGUUGACGUCCUCGGCACCCUGGACAACAUCUCGAGCACAGUCGAUGCGGGCGGUUACCGCAGCGAAUAUGACUUCCAACUGGCGAUUCUGGAACUCGUCCAGUCUGUUCACGACGGCCACUACACCUUUAUGCCGGAUAUUUUCUCCGUCUUCACUUUUAGCAAUCGCCUUCUGGCCGACCUCGUGUCUGUUUCGCGCGACGGUGUCGAGGUGCCUAAGCUUUACCACGCUGCCGAGCUCCUUGAAGCCAGCGACAGCGGCACUGGGGAAUUCCCCCGCGCGGUUACCAAAAUCAACGGCGAAGACGCAGCCACCGUUCUCGAGCGCCGCAGCACCCUGACCAGCUUCUACCAGGACCCGGACGCGCAGUGGAAUUCCGACUUUCCGACCUACGCGCGCCAGGACACAGUUAACUCCCUCGCUCAGUCGCUGGACUACACCGGCCCCAGUGUGACGCUCACAUACGACGAUGGCACGGAACAGACUGAAGAGAGCAUCGCAUUUGUGCUUGUGGAAUCGUUCCCGAGCAGAAUCGAGACGGGCGACGACUUCUACGACUUUUUCUUGACGCCGAGUUCCAGCGGCAGCUCACUUUCGGAACGUGCAGAGCCUGCUGAACUACUUGAGAUUAGACAGUCUAGAGUUGUGCCGAUCAGCGGCUAUCCCGCCCCCGUGGUCAGGGACUCUGACGCUGAUCUCACCUCGGGCUACUUUCUGAACGGCACGGGCUAUGAUGAUGUCGCUGUGCUCGUGGUGUCGGGUUUCCAGCCGGACGAGUCGAAAAAUAUUGAUUCCAUCGAUUACAUGGUCGAUUUCCAACAGACAAUUGAGGGCUUCCUGGCGGAGUGCAAGCAGAGUAACAAGAAGAGGCUGGUGAUAGACCUGUCCGCCAAUGGUGGCGGUAUCGUGGCUGCCAGCAACGAACUCUUUGCUCAGCUCUUCCCCUCCCAACAAAUCUGGCGAGCCGACAACAUCCGCCUUGCCGAAUCCGUCCGGCAGAUCGGCGAGACGGCCAGUUCCGCCAUGCAGACGUACGUCGAUCCCGACGGGACCUUUGCCAACGUCGAAAUGACCUCCGAAAUGCGGAAUGCCGUCGAGGUCAUCGCCACCAGCGGCGUCGUAGACGUCCUGAUGCCAGGCAACCUGUUUGCGCCCAACGGCACACUCCUCGAAACCGAAGCCGCCGUCCUCGGCCCCGUCACCCUCCUCAACGACUCCUUCACCGCCUACCAGCACGACCCGCAAAACGAAACCUCGCGCUACUACAACAUGACCGGUACGGGGUCCCGCACCAACCCGCCGGCGGCCGUCUUUGAUCCGUCGGAUAUUGUGUUGCUGAUGGACGGAACCUGCGGCUCCGCAUGCACACUCUUCUCCUAUCAAAUGCUGUACCAGUUCAACGUGAAAACCCUCGCCGUCGGCGGCCGCCCCCGCACGGGAGCAAUGCAGUCCAUCGGCGGAGUCGAAGGCUCCCAGCUCUUCCCGCUCCGCCAAAUCGCGGCCGCCGCCAACGCCGCCAUAGUCCUCAACCCGGACCUGAACGUCACGGGGAGCGAAAUAGCCGAGAUUGCCGAAGGCUACGCCCUCUCCCGUGCCCGGAGUCUGAGCAGUCCCGGGGGUGUGAACGGCAAGAACGCGUUUGCGAGGACGAAUGCAGAAAUGCCGCUGCAGUUUUUGUAUCAGCCCGCGAAUUGCAGGGUGUUUUAUACCUGGGACAUGCUCCGGCAGCCGGCCGAGACGUGGAAGCGGGCUGUGGAUGCUACGUGGACGGAUCCGGAUAGGUUGUGUGUUGAGGGGAGCAGGGUCGAGGUGCAACGUUGCUGGUUGCCUUUGUGGGAGUCAGGGGGCUCAUGCGCGGGACUACCCACCCCUUAG